GCUCUGCUUUGAUGCUGUCUGUCCUGAAUUCUACCUCAACAUUGUCAUGGACAGACUUUGAUUUGGGUGUGUGUUGUUGUUUGGGACUUGAAAGAGUUCUGUCCUUUUUUAAAUUAUUUGACUUAUUCUUUGGUUUGUAUUUUCUCAGUCAUCACAUAUGUUGUCCCUGUCUGGUUUUUUUUUGUGUCCAUCCUUUAGCUGGGAUUGUUAAUUUUACGUUUUGUUUAAAUAAUUCAAUUUUUACAGUUAAAUAGAUUAAAAUGUUUUACUUUCCUUCAAUAGAGAUUUCGUGUAUACCAUCCGACUUCAAAGUAGGUUUUUGGUGAUUCUCUCUGAAAUGCUGAUGUUUUCACAGAAUAGAACUAAAUGUAGUCCAAACAUAGAGAAAAAAAUUAAAGAAAUAAAUAAAAAAUACACACCUUAUAGGCAGGAUGUUACACUGAUGAAGAAAAAACUCUUCUGAUUUAUGCUUUUGAUUUCAGAUUUUUGCUUGUGGCAUGAAUCACCCCUCAUACCCAGCCUCCCCUCCCCCUUGCUUUGUAGUCAUCAUGCAUACACAGUAUUUUCCUCCAGAGGUAAAGUGCAGAAGGCUCUGCUCACACCUCUGGCCAUGGAUGCAAAGCAGCAGAGAUUCAGUCUUUGAUUUUGAGGAAAGCUUUACAUUUUAAAAGCCUCAGAGUCUAUUAUAAAAAAAAAAAUAAAUCACAGAAGAGAGGAAGAUGGGCUGCUGCUCUGGACGCUGUGUGCUGAUCUUCCUUUGCUGUGUGCAGCUGAUAUCUGCAGUGGAGCGGCAGGCUUUUGACUUCCUGGGCUUCCAGUGGGCUCCCAUCAUGAUCAACUUCUUUCACAUCAUCGUGGUCAUCUUGGGUUUGUUUGGUGCGAUCCAGUACAGAUCACGCUACGUCAUCAUGUACCUACUGUGGACUUUGUUGUGGAUUGGCUGGAACGUCUUUGUGAGCUGUCUUUACCUGGAUUUGGGCGGUCUUUCAAAGGACAGCGAUGUUCUCUCCCUGGGACUGUCUUCACAUCACUCCUGGUGGAAAGACAAUGGGCCUGGGUGUCGGAGCGAGAACCUUCCAUCUCCCGCCUGGCAGAACCAACAAAACCCAGAGCUCACCACAGUGCAGAGCUGCUGGCUGGAAUAUCAGUACAUAGAAAUACUGCACUGUGGUGUGCAGCUCCUCAUAUCACUCCUUGGAGUAAUUUAUGCCUUUUUUGUUGCCAGCUCAUUUGCCAGUGAGGAGGAGAGUUAUUAUAAAUAGACACAAAAA